CACCGGGAGAACACACAAACUCCACAUAGAAGGGCCCAGACCGGGAUUUGAACCUGGAACCCUCUUACAAGUCUUGCAGGAUGAAAGUUGUGCAGCGUGGAAUGUUAUUAAAAGAAGAUGUUGCUGUUGUUUUGCAGUUGAAUAAGUUGCCCUUCUCCCAGUGGGUGCUAGCUAAACAUCAACCAGAGGACGACGUGCGAGACCAGCCAGCUCGUGGGUUUCUAAUCAGGAUCACAUAACACACCUUGGGGGCGUCGACCUCCGUAAUGUUUGUACUCAAAAGGCGCCCGAGAUAGUUUGGAGAAGCUGGUUCCAGGAGUUUCAACGAAACUACCGUGUGAGUGAGGACUACCAUGGAAGAAGUCAGUAGAGCUGCCAAGACCAACCCUGCAGCGACGGCGGGCCUUUUGUCUAAGAUUUUUUUCUGGUGGCUCAACCCUUUGUUCAGUACUGGAUACAAACGCAGACUGGAAGAAGAUGACAUGUACGAAGUGCUUUCAGAGGAUGGGUCUGAGACACUGGGUCAGGAUCUCCAAAGAUACUGGGAUCAAGAGGUCCAGGUGGCUACCAAAGAGCUGCGGACACCAAGACUCUCAAAAGCCAUCAUUAAGUGCUAUUGGAAACCAUAUGCCGUGCUGGGAUUCUUCACUCUCAUUGAGGAGGUCAUUAAAGUGAUCCAGCCAGUCCUCUUGGGGAAGAUGAUUAAUUAUUUUGAGAAUUACGACCCAGAAAACAUGAAAGCUCUGUACAAGACUCUGGGCUAUGCAGCUGGCUUGUCUUUAUGCACCAUCGGCCUUGCGCUGCUCCAUCACCUCUACUUCUACCACGUCCAGAGAGCAGGCAUGAAGAUCAGAGUGGCCAUGUGUCACAUGAUCUACAAGAAGGCUCUGUGUCUCAGCAGUUCAGCCAUGGGAAAGACCACCACAGGCCAGAUUGUGAACCUCCUCUCCAAUGAUGUCAACAAGUUUGAUGCGGUGACUAUUUUCCUGCACUUCCUGUGGGUGGGGCCCCUACAGGCAGCAGCGGUCGUGGGGCUGCUGUGGGUGGAGAUCGGCCCAUCAUGCUUAGCAGGCAUGGGCGUCCUCAUGUUCUUGAUGCCUGUGCAAACCAUGUUUGGAAGGCUGUUUUCUAAGUUCAGGAGUAAGACAGCCUCUCUGACUGACAGCAGGAUCCGCACAAUGAACGAGGUGGUGUCUGGAAUCAGGAUCAUUAAGAUGUACGCCUGGGAGAAACCUUUUGCUGCUCUAGUCUCUGAUGUCAGAAGCAAAGAGAUCUCCAAGAUCAUGAAGAGUUCCUACCUGCGGGGCCUCAACAUGGCCUCCUUCUUCUGCGCCAGCAAGGUCAUCGUGUUUGUCACCUUCACCCUCUACGUCCUUCUGGGAAAUACCAUCUCAGCCAGCCGUGUGUUCGUGACUGUGUCACUGUACAGUGCAGUGCGACUCACUGUCACGCUGUUCUUCCCCAGUGCCAUCGAGACGCUAUUUGAGUGCCGUGUCAGCGUCCACAGGAUUCAGGAGUUUUUGUUGCUGGAUGAGAUCACUAAAAACAGUCCUGCGCUGUCUCAGUGCGAGAAGAAGGACGCCUCAGUGGAGAUAAAGGACCUGACCUGCUACUGGGACAAGAGUUUGGACGCUCCAUCUCUGCAGAACAUCUCACUCACUCUGAACUCAAAUCAGCUGUUGACUGUGAUUGGACCAGUGGGAGCUGGAAAGUCAUCCCUGCUGAGCUCCAUCCUGGGAGAGCUGCCUGACGACAAGGGGACGCUGAAGGUCAAAGGUCAGCUCACCUAUGCAGCCCAGCAGCCCUGGGUGUUCCCUGGGACCAUCCGCAGUAAUAUCCUGUUUGGGAAAGAGCUGAACCCCCAGAAGUACCAGAGUGUCAUCAGAGCCUGCGCUUUAAAGAGGGACCUGGAGCUGCUUCCAGAUGGAGACCUGACGCUGAUCGGGGACAGAGGGGCCACACUCAGUGGGGGACAGAAGGCUCGUGUCAACUUGGCGAGGGCUGUGUAUCAGGACGCAGAUAUCUACCUCCUGGAUGAUCCUUUAAGUGCUGUGGAUGCUGAGGUCGGGAGACACCUCUUUGAACAGUGCAUCUGUGGCCUGCUGAAGAACAAGCCUCGUAUCCUGGUCACCCACCAGCUGCAGUACCUAAAGGCAGCCGACCAGAUUCUGGUCCUCAAAGAGGGUCACAUGGUGGCAAAGGGGACAUAUGCAGAGCUGCAGCAGUCUGGAGUGGACUUUACCUCCCUGUUGAAGAAGGAAGAGGAUGAGGAGGAGCAGCAGCUUCCUGAAGACAUCCUCAGCAGGAACCGAACUCUGUCGCAGAACUCUGUUGUCUCACAGGUCUCCUCUGUGCACUCGGUCAAAGAUGGAGACCAUUUACCGGCAGAGCCAGUGCAGACAGUAGCAGAGGAAAGUCGUGCUCAGGGAACCAUUGGCGUGAAAUUGUAUGUGAAAUACCUGACAGCUGGCGCCAACAUUGUGGCUCUGCUGGCUGUCAUACUGCUCAACAUCAUGGCUCAGGUAGCAUACAUCAUGCAGGACUGGUGGCUGGCCUACUGGGCCGACGAGCAAGAGAAGCUGACCGCACCUAACAGCACCAUCAUCCAAAACGGUCAAAAUGUCACCAAAGAGCUGAAUACAGACUUUUACCUGGGUGUUUAUGGAGGUUUGACAAUAGCCACCAUCAUUUUUGGAUUUAUGAGGAAUUUGUUUUUGUUCAACGUGCUGGUGCGGUGUGCACAGUCUCUGCACAACCGCAUGUUCAGUGCCAUACUCAGAACACCUGUGCGCUUCUUUGACAUCAACCCAAUUGGAAGAGUCCUGAAUAGGUUUGCAAAGGACAUUGGCCAGCUGGAUUCUAACAUGCCGUGGACUUUUGUGGACUUUGUUCAGGUGUUCCUGCAGAUCCUCAGUGUGAUUGCUGUGUCGGUGUCAGUGAUCCCCUGGAUCCUGAUCCCUGUGCUUCCACUCCUUCUCUUCUUUCUCUUCCUGCGCCGCUACUUCCUGCAAACCUCCAGAGACAUCAAACGCCUCGAGUCCACCACUCGGAGCCCGGUCUUCUCCCACCUGUCCUCCUCUCUUCAGGGCCUAUGGACAAUUCGAGCCUUCGGAGCGGAGGAAAGGUUCCAGAAAACCUUUGAUGCCCAUCAAGACCUGCACUCAGCGGCCUGGUUCCUGUUCCUGACCACCUCUCGUUGGUUUGCUCUCCGCUUAGAUGGCAUCUGCUCUGUCUUUGUUACUAUCACCACCUUCGGCUGCCUGCUGCUCCGAAACGAGCUGGAGGCCGGCUCUGUUGGCUUGGCUCUGAGCUACUCUGUCACACUGAUGGGCAUGUUCCAGUGGGGUGUUCGGCAAAGUGCAGAGGUGGAGAACAUGAUGACAUCAGUGGAGAGAGUGGUAGAGUAUACUGAAUUGGAGAGCGAAGCACCAUGGGAAACCCAGAAGCGUCCUCCUUCUGAUUGGCCCAGUAAAGGCCUGGUGACCUUUGAUCAGGUUAGCUUCUCCUACGAUGGUGACGGGCCGCUGGUACUGCAGAACCUGAAAGCAAUGUUCCGACCCAAAGAGAAGGUUGGUAUUGUGGGUAGGACCGGUGCCGGGAAAAGCUCUCUGGUCUCUGCUCUGUUCCGCCUGGCAGAGCCUCAGGGGAAGAUCUACAUUGAUGGUGUUCUUACAUCUGAGAUUGGACUCCAUGAUCUGCGCCAGAAGAUGUCCAUCAUCCCUCAGGACCCUGUGUUGUUUACAGGUUCCAUGCGGAAGAACUUGGACCCCUUUAACCAACACACAGAUGAAGAACUGUGGAAUGCUCUGCAAGAGGUGCAGCUGAAGUCUGUGGUGGAGGAGCUGCCUGGCAAGCUUGAGACAGUUCUAGCCGAGUCGGGUUCCAACUUCAGUGUCGGGCAGAGACAGCUGGUGUGUCUUGCCAGAGCCAUCCUGAGGAAGAACCGCAUCCUCAUCAUCGAUGAAGCCACGGCCAAUGUGGACCCUAGCACAGAUGAGCUCAUCCAGAAAACCAUUCGAGACAAGUUCAGAGAAUGCACUGUGCUGACUAUUGCUCAUCGCCUCAACACCAUCAUAGAUAGCGACAGGAUACUGGUUCUGGAUGCAGGAAAAAUUCACGCCUACGACACACCUUACACUCUACUUAGAGAUAAAAGUGGUAUCUUCUAUAAAAUGGUGCAGCAAACUGGCAAGCAAGAGGCAGCAUCUUUACAAGAAGCAGCCAAACAGGCUUAUGACAACAGAGACCUUCCCAGCAUUUCCAACGGACACGCAGAGACAGCCGACAGUAACUUAGUUAUCUUUGAGACAGCUCUGUGAACUUAGGGAGGCUCUGACUUGCAGCUUUGCCAGAAGACUUCACAAAGUGUCUCAGCUCAUGCUGAACUCCUCCAGCCUCUGCUGAAAGCACACAGAGCUUGGGGACAAAGGCCUCAACCAGUGCAGCUGGUGAGGAGACAGAGGCAGCUCCCCCAGUGUAGCAGAGAUGACUUUACACACAUUAUGUUAUUGCCUUCAAGCUGAGAUAGCUUGUAAAUCAAUGCUGUAAAAACUGUUGACAUAGACCACUAUUUAUUUUCAAUGCUUGAUAGUUCUCAAAUGUUAAUUAAUUGCUUUAAAUGGCUGCACAAUCCUCAUAAAAGAAACAGUGCCUUCUGUAUUGCAGCAGUUUGUACAUUGUUAAUUUAAAUAAUGAUAGUGUCUAUCAAAAGUUGCCUUUCUGUUUUACUGGCCUAAUCAUGACCAAACCUAACAAAUUGCACAGCAGUAGAAAUCUGUUUGUGUUGGAGCUACAGCUCCUAUUUGCUCAUCUUACAGUUUAAUCCAAGUUUACCAGGAGAACGACCAGGCAGCAAUCUGAACACAGCCGCUACAACCAACAGUUUGUUGAGUUACUGUUGAGAUUAUCUGACACUUUGUUUACGUUAUGACGUGUUUAACACUGUAAAUCACUAUCCUACAUGUUAAAUCUUUGUCGAUUUAACUGUGAGUUUCUAUGUUAUGUCAAAUGCUGCAAAGACACUUACAAAUCUUGACUGAUGAUGUUCUUUGGAUCAAUAUAUGCACUAUAAUUACAAAGAAAUAAUAAAAUAUAUAUAAUUCUUACCUUA